AUGAAAGCGCUUCUAUCGCUUUUUCUUUUUGUUCAGAGUUAUGAUAUUAUUGAACUAGAGAAGAAUUUAGAUAUUCUUGUUGAUUCCCUUCUUGCAUCAAAUGCGAUUCCAGGAUUAUCACUCGCCGUGGUUGAUCUUCGAAAUGAAAACUUCAUCACAAAAGGAUAUGGAAAACGUCGUGUCGAUCAGGAAGAUCCUGUUUCUGAGGAAACUUUGUUCUGCCUCGCUUCAAAUUCGAAACUUUUCACCGGAGUCUACUCUGCGUUAAUCGAAAAGUACACUGGCAUUUCUCUUGACACACGAGUCAACGAUAUUCCGGAGCUUCGUGAAGACAAAGACAUUUUUCUCAUUCUUAAUUCUUGCUCGCUUAGUCAAGAAGUCACACUCAGAGAUUUCCUUUCCCAUAGAACUGGGACUAAAGUAGAGUUCGGAAUGGUAGUCCUACAUGAAAAUCUCUAA